AUGUCAGCCUACUCAAAUUUACUUGGACUCUAUCCUACAUCAAAGGAAAAAUUGGAUCUUAUACUAUCAGAAAUAGAACAGGAUAACAAGUGGCCAGAAGUUUUGCCAUGGCAACCAAUUCCCGUACAUACCGUACCAAAAUCAAUUGAUUAUGCAUUGUACAAUAAAACUUCAUCAUGGACAAAUACUUUUGUACUUUCUCAACUUCAACAAAUCGCUGAUUUUUCAUUUUAUUAUCUUUUCAAUUCAUUUGAGACAAAUAAAAUUAUAGCAGGUCCAAUUAUUGGCAAUAUUAUGGAAAACAUAGAAAAUUUGAUCUUAAAUGAAUCCACUGGAUGGAAAGCUAAAAUUUACUCAGGACAUGAUGCAACAAUUGUUCCAAUAUUAUCUUAUUUUCAAGCUAAUUAUAUUCAUCAACCAGUAUAUUGUAGUACACUUUUCUUUGAUUUAUAUCAUAUACCAGGUUAA